AUGGCGCAAGACUUAUCCUACGUGAUCAUCUCUGGCGGGACUGGUGCAAACGCCAUUGCCUCUGCCUUCGGUGCGGACCCAGCCUUCGUCUUGCCCGUCUCUGAUGACGGAGGGUCUUCCAGCGAGAUACUGCGGUGCUUCGGGGGACCAUCUAUAGGGGAUAUUCGAUCUCGUCUGACUCGGCUCAUACCGCUCGCGGAAACGGCGAGUACCCGGGAGGAGAAGGAACGGAGCGCAAUCUAUGAGUUGCUAGCGUAUCGUUUUCCGGACGAUGCGGGGGAGAAGGUGGUACGGGAGAUAUGGGGCGAGAUUGUGGAGGGGCGGAGCAGUCUAUGGAAAGAUAUCGGGGACGACAAGAAGGAGUGUAUAAGGGCCUUCUUGGUCCACUUUAACGCCCUCACGCUCAAGCGCGCACACAAGCGCUUCUCCUUCCGCAACUUCUCACUCGGGAACGGAUUCCUCACUGGCGCGCGGGACAUGUUUGGCUCCCUCCCCUCCGCCAUCUUCCUCUUCAAGUCGGUGGCAUCCGUAGCGCCCGAUACGCACGUCAUACCAGUGAUCAAUACGAACCAGACGGUCACGAUAGCGGCGGAGCUAGAGGACGGGGAGACGAUUGUUGGGCAGUGCGCGAUCAGUCAUCCGACGGAGCCGGCUGCUGUGCGAGGAGCAGGAGUGGGGCAGAGCGGGUCGGCGCAGCGUACACACUUCCGGAGGGACUCGAGGACAUUCGAUACGUUGCCUAUUCCGUUGGGACUCGGGGGUGGGAUAGGAGAGGAGACGUCACCAAAGUUGGAGAGUGUGCAAGAGGUGGGUGGGGAGCAGGGCGGGAAUCUGGGAUACAGGAAGGGAGCGGAGGAGGUGCCGCUCGAGUCCCCGGUCAAGAGGGUGUUUUACAUCAAUCUGUACGGACAGCAGGAAAUCUUCCCUCAGCCUAAUCCGAGCUAUCUCGAAUCGCUCAAGACGCGGGACGUCCUGGUUUAUUCGUGCGGGUCAAUAUGGACCAGUAUCGCCCCGUGCCUGUCAUUGCGCGGGCUCGGCGAGGCCGUGGCAAGGUCUACAUCUCUUAAGGCCAAGGUCCUUCUGCUCAACUCGAAGAAUGACAGAGAAUCUCCCGACUACCUCGCGUCCGACUAUGUCAAGGCUAUAUCCAACAGUUUGACUCAUCACUCCACAAGAAAGUUGGAUACGAGCAGUCUGAUCACGCAUGUCGUCUAUCUCGAGGGGUCCGCGGUCGAGGUCGACGAAGACGACCUGAGAGUAGUCGAGACUAUCAUGAUCCCUCGAGCUACGCAUGGCUUCGCCGAAGAUCAAAUGCCCCUCUUUACGCCCGAAUCUGUAUCAGCGGCGAUGGGUUUGAUCUUCGGGGAGUGA